UCCAUGCACAAACACAGACGCACUGCUUUGUUUUAUGUGAUUUAUUUUUUUUAAACCGUCUUCAGAUUGGCCCUUGAGACUUUAACUUUUUCCUUGGUGUUCUUUCGGCUCUCUCAAAGUCCGGCCUGUGAGUGAGCGUUCCUCCUCCUGGAGGAUGUCGCUGUACAUUCCUCAGACGUCAGGCCGUUCCCGGGGAAGCAGAUGGGGAAAGACCGUUGCACUUAUGUCAUCGCAACACAUUGUACACAACAUGGCUGCUCCUGUACAGACGUUUUCUGGAAAACAGUUCACAGGAAAAGACAGCGAGCCAUAAAGAAAACCAGCUUCGUCUGUCUGCAGACACAAUGGAAACAGAGGAAGUAGUGCACUGUGCUCUGCAGCUGGAGAAGUUAGCUGCAGAGCAGAGCUUUGGGAGCAUCUCAGCUCUGCUUGGGGAUCUGGAGAGAUGUGAUAUAUCUGCAGAGCAGCUGGGAAUGACGGACCUAGUGGAAGUGCUUUAUAAACUCCUAAAAACCUGCAGGGAGAGCAGCGUGAGGAAAACAGCGAAGAGUCUGCUGUCGAGGUGGAAGAGACGGUACGGGAGUGAAAGGCGGGGCGACUCAGGAAACUCCUGUGCUGUUUCUUCAGAACAAGCAGAGGAUGGGGGGGUUUCCAAAGAUUCAGCACAAAUGGAUGGAAAUAAGGAGGACAGAGCAUCGGGUCAGGAAUGUGAGACUCCCACAGGAGAGACGACGUCUCCCUCUUCUGACUCUGUGAGAACCAAAUGCGUUCAGCUCCUGCUGGCUGCCCUCCGCCCUGAACCUCCCGAUGGAGACAAGGCAGCAGAGCUGGCAGAAAGCAUUGAGCGGCACAUCCACCGUCUCCACAAAACCAAGCUCCUCAAAUACAAAGCCUGCGUCAGGAGCAAGGUGGCCAACCUGAGGAAUCCCAAAAACAGUCACCUACGCCAUGGCCUACUGAGCGGCUCCCUGGCGCCAGAGUCUUUUGCCCGGAUGUCUGCGGAGGAGAUGGCCAACGCUGAGCUACGGCAGCUUCGGGAGGAAUACUCAUCCAGGGGUGUGAGCGAGAGGCAGCUUCCCCAAGGGCUGGAGGGCACGCCGACGCAGAAGGUCCGCUGCAAACGAUGCGGAGGAUCAGACUGCAGGGUGACUCAAGUGUCCAGAGGUGCCCUGUUUUUGCCUGCGUGGGUGAGGCGUGGCGGCCCUGAUGAGGACGCCAUGACCUUUGUUACCUGCAGCGGGUGUGGCCAGCAGUGGUACCACAACGGCUGGGUGUGCCUCUGAAUCCAAAAAGCCACAUUGACUGUCUAGCGAUGAUCUGGUGAGGAAGUUAACAAAAGCAGUUCUUUUUCAUGGAACUUCUGCAUAAAGUUUAAACAAGUUUGCCUGCUUCUUCAUACGUCCUUGAAUGUUUCACAUUUUGUCAAAUUCCCCCUCCUCUAAUACACAACACACACACACACACAAAGAAAAACUGAUAUCAUUUAUCAGAAACAUGAACAAGGAAAUAUUUUUGGAAAGAUCUAUAUUUUAAGAUCUUUGUGAAAACUUUCAGACUGCAGUAUUGAUCUACAAAAACAUAAUUUUUUAUUUGGCGAUAUGUCAAAACUAUGCAGGUCAAAUGGGACAAUUGUAUAUCUGCAUCCUUUCGUGUCAGCAAUGGAGUCAGACAAGGUAGCAUUUUAUCACCCAGGUUAUUUAACUUUUAUAUGAAUGAUCUCUCUAAGCAGCUCAAGCUGUGUAGAACUGGCUGCAUGGUUGGCGAUACCAUCAUUAAUCAUUUAAUGUAUGCUGAUGAUAAAGUGAUUUUUAGUCCAAGUUCAGCUGGUCUUCAGAAGCUGCUUAAUGUCUGUUCAGCAUAUGGUGAAGUACAUAAUGUUAAAUUUAAUCCAUCAAAAAGCAUCGUCUUGAUCUGUCGCACCAAGGAGGACAAAUAUAGCAAAUUUCCAAAUUUCAAGUUGUCUGGGACUCAAUUGAAUGUCUCUAAUGAAGUAAAAUAUCUUGGUCAUGUGUUGACAGACACUUUGUCUGAUGAUGCAGACAUUUACCGACAGGUUCGAAUGCUGUAUGCUCAGGCAAAUAUCCUGGUCCGUAAGUUUGGCUUCUGUACUGAUGAAGUGAAACUGCAUUUGUUUCGAUCAUAUUGUACAUCAUUGUAUUCAGCACAUUUGUGGUACAAUUAAAAAAAAAACCAGUCUUCAAAGAUUGAAGGUGGCUUUUAAUGAUGUUUUAAGACUUUUGUUACAUAAGCCCAGAUGGACCAGCCAGUGAACUGUUUGUAUCUGCUCACGUUAGCACUUUGAUGGCUGUUUUAAGGAAGCUUAUGUAUCAAUUUAUUUGUCGUUUAAACGAGUCUAAUAAUAGAAUUAUUCUAUUGUUGACGAAUGUUAAAUAUAGUGCCAUAAAAUAUUCAUCUGUACUCUGGAGACAUUGGUAUGAUUGCCUCCUGACGGGUUAGUUGCCAUUUUUUAAUGCACUUUUUAUUCUUUUAUUGUUUUUCUUUUCUUUUUUGUAUAUUUGGACUUUGAGUCUGUGUAAUAAAUCAAUCAAUCAAUCAAAACCCAGAAUCCAUCAAGCUCUGGGUACAGAGCCAAAUAAUCUACUUCAUUCCAAAUACUUAAGUGCAUCUUAUUGUACAUGAUUUCAAAAUGAAAGACAAUUUUUUUUGUCAGUACUUUUUUGAGUCUGGACUUUGACUGGGCCAUUCUAACGUGCGAUCCAAACCGUUCUCCCGCAAGGGGAACCUGCGGCCCAAUCUCAAGCCUCUUGCUGCAGGUUUUUCUUCCCCAGAUUGUCAUGUGUUCAGUUCCACCCAUUUUCCCAUCGUGUCUCACCAGCUUCCCCAUUCCUGCGUCACGAUGCUGCCACAAAAAAAAAAAACAAAAAAACAUAUGAUGUGGGGUCAUCAUGAGGUGCAAAUCCCUUAUAAAAACGGAAGCAGAAAAGCUUCGACUCCUGCUAGUUUUGGUGAUUCUCUGCCUUUCAUUUCUGUUUACUUUUUGAAUGAUCUCUCACUUAUUGUGUUGAAUAAAGGAUUUCAUGCUUUUUUUCCCUC